GCCGCCGCUCGCCAUCGUUGCCCUUACGCUGAUAAUCCCAAAUUGGGACCAGCUUCUCAAGCGGAAAGCUCUCUCUUACGACCUUUUCUCGGAUCGAAAGAAGGUGUAGGGUUUCGUAACCAAUCUCGGAUGGCGCUCGUGGUGAUCUGCGGGCAGCCCUGCAGCGGCAAAUCGACGGCAGCGAUCUGCCUCGCCGAAGCCCUCCAGGCCGUCGAGCCCAAACCGACGGUCAGGAUCAUCGACGAGUCCUCCCUUCACCUCGGCCGCAACCAAAGCUAUGCCGAUAUGACUGUGGAGAAAAAUUUGAGGGGUGUUCUUAGAUCAGAAGUUGAUAGAUCCUUAUCAAGAGACAAUGUUAUCAUUGUGGACUCUUUGAACAAUAUUAAGGGUUAUAGAUAUGAGUUGUGGUGCCUUGCUCGAGCUUCUAGAUUAAGAUAUUGUGUGAUUUUUUGUGAUACGGAAGAAAACCAUUGUAGGGAAUGGAACAAUAAGCGUAGCGAAAUGGGAGAAUCCUCAUAUGAUACAAAGAUAUUUGAUGACUUGGUUCGGAGAUUUGAGAAACCUGAUAGACGGAACCGUUGGGAUUCCCCUCUUUUUGAAUUGUUUCCAUCCAGAGAUGGAAUAAAGCAGUCAUCUCCGGUCAUUUCUGAGGCGGUAUCCUAUUUGACCAAAAAGGUGGAUUCAAAAACAAGAGAUGUUAGGGUUCUUCAGCCUACCAUUGCUACUCAGAUUGUGCGUGCAACAGAGGCCAAUUCUCUGUAUGAGAUGGAUAGAGCAACACAGGAGGUGAUCAAUGCAAUUGUUGAAGCACAAUCUUGUGGGCUUGCGGGCACAGUGAACAAGAUAUCUCUCAGCCAACAUUUGCCAACCAUCAACAUUCAAAGAACAGUUGGCCUGCCUGAGCUCCGGAGCCUGCGGCGCACCUUUAUAAAGUUAGCAGGACAGGCCAGUCUCAGUGGACCUCCUCCACCAUCAGAUGCAGAAUGUACAAAGAGAAUGUUUAUAGACUACUUGAAUAGGGAAAUUGGAGCUGCGUAGAUGCAGAUUUACUGCUUUUACCUUGUGAUUUCCAAUUUAUGGCAAUAAUAUUGUGACAAAUUUUUUUGUUUUGUGGUGGUAGUCGCUCGGAUUGUUGGAUUGAUCAGCUAGUGAAAAAUACUGGGGAAGUAUAUUAAAGAAUGUUUAAACUUUCUUACAAUGUAUUGAAAUUUUAUUGCUGAUUGAUUCUC